AUGCCCAUCGAAUCCCACUACUCGAUACUCGGGAUCUGCCGUGCAGCCCCCACUGAUGAUAUAGAAUCUGCAUACCGUGCCGUUUUACUGGCGAACCACCCAGACAAGAUCAAGCAUUUGAACCCUUUUCAACGUACUUUAGCCGAAGCCCGUCUUCGAGCAGGCAAGACUGCUUACGAAGUACUUAUCGACCCAAAGAAAGCCAAGAAGUACGAUGACGAAAUGGGGAUCUGGGGCUCUUUUGGUUACGCCCAAACUUGGAGGAGGCCGUGGGAGCCUCGUGUUGCGCCUGUCGAUGCGUCUGAGUCUUUACCUCCUCGUCGGCCCGCCGGCCAAGGGACUACUAAUGGUGCUGAAGAACACGAAUUUGCGGACGCAAAAGAAGAAGAGACUAGGCCUUAUGCUGGAGGGUCUACCUCCUUCCCCAAAUCGUCUGCCAAAGGAACAUCAGAUGGCGUGCUACAAGCAGAGUACCGCUACGGUCUCACAUGCACAGCCACAGAUGUAGAUGUCAAGAUCAAAGGAUGGAGUCUUCACCUCCUUAUCUCUACAAGGUUUCAUUUUCUCAACUCCAUUACUGCACUCCCUACUGGUAGCGAUACGCGAACCAUUGCUUUUCAACUCCACAUCCAACGCAACAAAACCUAUCUUUCAACUGAUUCAAAGAUUCCAGAACUCAUCGUUAGCGUAGAAUAUAUUCCAAGUGGAGGGAGAGCUGUCGGUAACAUUCAGACUGUCCUGAAGGAAGUAGUGAAGGAUUCCUUGACCCUCACUCUCUACAUGACAUCCGUUCCGUCUGGAAAAAGCCCCAACACCAUGCCGCCUUGGAAUUUUGGCUUCGAUUUCGAUAUGACUGGUCAUCCUGCGGCUUGGGGUCGCAAAUGCGGUACGUGUAUGAUUUUCACGAUGAAUAAGCAAAGUAUCGAGGAGACGCCGGAGGAUGUGCUCAAGAAUGAAGAGGGGUUGGUGGCGAAUGCUCUUUGUGGAUUGGGCGACGAGAAGCUUAUGGGUGUAACAUAUAAGACGGUUAGGAUGUGGAAAGUGGUUGCUGUAGGGUAUAGGAAGAAUGAUUUUCUGGAGGGGUAG